AUGAGUCCAUCUUUCAGUAACUCAACAUUCCAGUCCAAAAUAACAGAGUCAGCUGAUAUUUUUGUUGGAAUAUGUUAUAUGGUGUUUGGAAUAUGUUCCUUGUGUGGGAACAGUAUUCUCCUAUACGUCACCUACAAGAAAAAGAAUUUGUUGAAACCAGCAGAAUACUUCAUUAUUAACCUUGCCAUCAGUGACCUUGGUAUGACCCUGACGCUGUACCCUCUAGCAGUAACCUCCAGCCUUUCACACAGGUGGCUGUAUGGGAAACAGAUUUGCUUGUUCUAUGCAUUUUGUGGGGUGCUCUUUGGUAUCUGCAGUCUCUCAACGCUGACAUUACUGAGCACUGUGUGCUGCCUCAAAAUUUGUUUUCCAGCUUAUGGGAACAGGUUCAGGAGAGAACAUGGGCAAAUCUUGAUAGCCUGCGCUUGGACCUACGCAGCAAUUUUUGCCUGUUCUCCCUUAGCUCACUGGGGAGAAUAUGGAGCGGAGCCCUAUGGCACAGCCUGUUGCAUUGACUGGCAUUCUACCAGUGUCAAUGCUGUGGCCCUGUCUUACACUGUAGUCCUCUUCGUUUUCUGUUUUAUUCUCCCUUUUGGAGUAAUUGUCACUUCCUACUCUCUUAUUCUGGUAACUGUGAAAGAAUCUAGGAAAGCGGUGGAACAGCACGUCUCCGGCUCUACCAGGAUGAGCAACGCACAAACCAUUACUGUCAAGCUGAGUGUUGCUGUGUGCAUCGGAUUUUUUGCUGCCUGGAGCCCUUACGCCAUCAUUGCCAUGUGGGUAGCUUUUGGAUCAAUUGAUAAGAUUCCUCCGUUAGCCUUUGCUGUGCCAGCUGUCUUUGCAAAGUCCUCCACACUCUACAAUCCAGUUAUCUAUCUCCUCCUGAAGCCAAAUUUCCGAAAUGCCAUCUCCAAAGAUUUCACAGUUCUUCAACAGUUGUGCAUCAGGAGUUGCUUUUGUGUCAAGGCACCACAGAACUACAUAUCAGCUUCAAACACCAACCUGAGAACACUGAAGGCCAAAAAUGAAUUCAGCUGUAAUUCUCUGCCAGUUGCUGGAGAAUGUUCUUAUUUCCCCCAUGAAAAGUGCAGUGAUACUUUUGAAUGCUUUCAAAGCUAUCCAAAAUGCUGCCAGGAGAGGCCAAGCACUAUGCAAUGCCCUCUUCAAGAAACGUUGUCCUUGAAGAGCAACCUCCAAGUGAAAGUGAGACAGGCCAGUAAGAAACCAGCAAAGGUGGUUGUGCAGGGAGAAAAAAGUACUGAAAUUGAUACCUUGGAAAUCACCUUGGAAGCAGUACCUGCGCAUCGUACAUCUGCAGACCUCUAGAGCUUCUUGUAUGAAGAUCUCUGACUGUAUUGUUAUUAUACUGGAUUUAUGAAUGUAACUUUUUCUAAAGAGUCUUUCUACUACCCCAUUUUCUAGACUAUUUUUCUGGUUUUUCUCAUACUCUUUGAUGGGUCAUGUGCUACAGCAUGGACAUGCUGUAAAUGCUGUCUGACUCUUGCCAUGCCAACAUUAGUACAUGGGGCUGUGUUCAUAUCAUGAACCUAUGUCAAACAAAUCCUCUUUGUGUUUUGUAACAUCCUUUCACUCUGUUUUCAAGAUAAAACACUAACCAUUGAGAGAUUUUCCAUAAAGAAUUUUAUGCUUUCUAGACUACGUACAUUUAUAGUCUGUCUGUUCAAAAGAAAUAACUCAGUGUAGAGUUUUAAAAACACAAGAUCAUGCUGGUUUAAUUGUUAUAGCAACUGAAAAGGUAAAUGCUAACUGAAAUGCCUGUUUUCCAAAAAGUGGUGCUGAAUGACCACACAUGUUGCAUUUGCUAGGAGGUAUAGGUCACUUUGUUCCUUUCUUUGAGAUGAACAGUCAGGUUUCUGCUUCAUUCCACGUGAAUGAAAUAAAAAUAUUUCUGGUAA